UAUUUUGGAUAAUCACAUGGUUAUAACUUCUAACAACUAUGAUAUACUAAUUUUAAAAUUCUUGUGGUUCAAUCAUUGAAUCUUUCCCUGCUUGAUAUUCUUCUAUAAGUUCCCGCUGCUAAUCUUGAUUAGUUCAAUCAAUUCAACUACGCAGGCUCUGUUUGAGGUGGUUGACUAAAAAUGGGUGCCGUUACUCGAUACAUGAUUCUUAUUCUCUUGGUGAUCAGCGUAGCUGACGGCCGCAUCCUGACUCUCAAUUCCUCCAACGAUGAUUUGAUCUCGGAUGGAAUCAACGACCGUGAUUCGUCUGUGACGCAGAAUCUGAGCAGCUGCCGUCACCAGUAUGGUUUCCUGCCCUGCGCAGAAAAUGCUGCGGGUUACAUUUUCAUGAUUGUGGUGUAUCAAGUGCUCCUCAUAGUCGGAGACAAGCUAAUAGGCAGUGGAAGCGAUGUCUUCUUCUACGUCACCGGCCCUAGAAUUGGCGGUAUUAUAUUUCGUAUCCUGAGAGCGCUGCCGUCGAUGAUGCUCAUGAUCAUUUCAGGAGUUUUAGGCGAUAAGACGAAUGCUCAAGCUCAAGUGUCAGUCGUUGUUGGUGUUUACGCCGGAAUCACCGUCUUUAGUCUUACAGCUCAGUGGUUUAUGACUCUGGUUUCCGCUAGCAAAUCACUGAGCAAGGGAGCAGAUGAGGAUGAAGAAAGCUCAGAUUCAAUAUAUUGUUUUCCGAAGAAACUAAAUCUCAGGAGCUUGAUAGAGAAUGGCGUGAAUGUUGAUGACGAUACUUGUAGAACUGCAAAGAUCAUGCUGUUAUCUUUGAUUCCUUACGUCGUUCUACAGCUGGUUUAUGCCUUCGACUCCUCUUCUGGAAAGCGUAUCAUAACUUUGAUAGCUCUUGUCGUCUCAUCCUUGUCUCUCAUUGCAUAUUUCGCCUAUCAGAUUAAGGAUCCAUGGAUGCAGAAGAGAAGUUUAAAUUAUUCAAAGUUCGAUAGUGUGCAGAGAGGAUUAAUCCAGCAUGUGGAAGGGCUGGGGAAACUUGUGAAUGAAGACGGAACACCUAACACUCUUCUCAUCAAAAGUUUCUUCGAUAAAGCAGAUAAAGACGAUGACCAAUGCAUAGAGGAGGAUGAAUUAGAAAAAAUGGUGCGCAAAGUGUUUCAGGCUGGGAAGGUGGAUAUUGGCCAAAACGACGCUAUGAGCAACGUUUUGAACAAACUCGACCGCAACAGGGAUAAGAAAAUCACUGAGGAUGAAUUCGUCGAUGGAUUCAAACAAUGGAUUGAUGAAGCCAAAAAUCCAGCUUCUGAUGAUGAUUUCGAUGCAAAAGAAAUGUUUCACAAGGCCUCGCAGCUACUGAAAGAGAGGAAGGAAAACAAUUCCUCCGACAUAGACAGGAUAAUGGCGAAGAUUUUGAAGCAAGCUGAAGGGCAACUGAUGAAGUCUGAGAAACUAAUCACAGAUAAUGGGGAGCCAAAUGUUGAGCGCAUCAAGUGUCUCUUCAGGGAAUUCGACACUAAUGAAGAUGGAACCCUAACAGCACCAGAAGUAAAGCAACUGAUAGGCAGAGUGAAAUUCGGAACGUAUCAAAUGAAAGACGAAGAUGUGAUAAAGGAGAUGUUCAAAGUAUUUGAUCAGGAUGGCAAUGAAGCAAUUGAUGAGAAAGAGUUUAUUAAGGGAGUACAAGCAUAUCUAGACAAGGCCAUGAAAGCUGUGGGUAAAUCAGGAAAGACUAGAGCUCUUGAAGAAUUCGAGAAGAUUGUGUGGAAAGAGGAAGAGUAUGGAAUAUAUGGUGUGUUGAAAUCUGUAUUUCGAGUGUUGCUAGGCAUAGCUAUGCUAACCUUCCUGGCAGGACCUCUCAUGAGUACCAUUCUGGAGUUAUCAAAUGCAAUGAGCCUCCCUUCCUUCGUCGUCUCCUUCGUUGUUGUGCCGUUGGCCAUGAAUGGUCGGGCGGCAAUAGCAGCAGUCCUACCAUCUACUAGAAACAGAAAGUCUUCUUUGACAUUUUCAGAGAUCUACGGUGGAGUGAUAAUGAACAACAUGUCGGGAUUGACGACGUUGCUGGCAAUCGUAUAUGCAAAAGAAUUGACAUGGGAUUUCUCAGCAGAAGUGCUGACAAUUAUGGUGGUGUGCUUCCUAGUAGGAAUGCAUGCAUUCUUGAACAAAACUUACUAUCUAUGGACAUGCAUACCAGCAUUGCUCCUCUAUCCUUUUUCCUUGGGAUUGUUUUAUUUUUGUCAGGUUUUCCUUAGUUGGAAUUAGCAGUUUUUCAUGUAUUCAAUUAUAUUGGUAUUCGUUUUUGUAUAUCAGCAAAGUGAAAUAACAAAUAUUCCAUCUGCGGUCUUUCUUA